AUGUUUCUAAAACAUGCAAUCAUAAAUUACGCAGAAGAACCUUUCUAUAUGAUCUGGUUCUUAUCUCGUGGUAUCCUAAAUAAACAGGGUUUCUGUAACGGUAAACCGUCGGGAGUCAGUGUGUCACAGGUUGAAGCCAAAAAAAUUAAAAUAUCGUGGGACACCUCUGGCGCCAGCUGUGGAAUUCUUCAAUAUGCCGUCCAUUUUGAGACCAAGAAACCUUUGACGGUGUUUCGGGGCAUCAACAUCACCGACCUCAGUCAGGGCAGCGUGGUGGUUGACGUCACUCCGUCCUUUACGUAUAAUAUAUACGUCAACGGGCUGACGGCUGGGGCGGAACCGCCCACUCCAGAUUUUGUGCUAUACACCGUUCCCAGCAUCCCCCCAGACGACUUUCCACGAAUCCACGUCUCCAGUAAGACUCUGACGUCACUCACUGUCCAGUGGGACAAACUGAGUAUUUAUCACAGAUGUGGAAACGUCACUGGAUACGAUCUUCUAUAUCAGCGACCGGACGGGAAAACGAUCCCGAUCCCUGUUCCCGGGGGUGAGGAAACCACACAGUUCACCAUUACCGGUCUAGAUCCCGGAAUCACCUAUAACAUCGUCAUCCGAGCCAAAAACGAGGCUGGCAACGGGAAGUGGAGCCAGCCCUUCUUGACUGACUCUACAGUACAUCUGACCACUAAAGGUUCUUCCCCGACAGUCAGCACGACUUCACCCAGUACAACGACCUCAACUUCAAAACCGACAACAUCAUCAACAACAUCGACAACAACUACCACCCCACAGACAACAACAACAACGACGACGACAACGACGACACCGAAACCUACAACGAGCACCACCAGUACCACCAGUACCACCUCCACCACUCAAACCACCACAACCACUACCAGCAAACCAUCAACAACCACAGUCAGGACAACACCGUCCAACCACACUGCGCAAGCGCAAGUCUCUGACGACAUGGGCGUACCGUUCCUGUUGGCGGUCCUUGGAGGGUGUAUCCUACUACUGGCCAUUCUUAUCCCUGUCACUUUCUUUAUUUGCCGCCAUUGCUGUAACAAGACUCCUGUCGGUGUCGUUGAUGAUAAACCGGACAUUCCAAAGACGAAGCCGGACAGACACCCUCCACAGUAUCCACCCGCGGUUGGCUUAGGUAUCGCGCAUCUCGUUGCCGUGGUAAAUAUAAAACCUAAACCUCCGCCAAUGCAAAGAGUCCCUAAGCCAAACGUCCAGUACAGCGAGUUUUCGUAUGAAGGCGGUUACAAGGGGCUCCAUCCUCAUCAUGGUGGACAAGAAUAUCCAAAUUUACUCCGAAAAAUUCCAAGAGAAUCUCCUGUGGAAAAGCCAGAUAUCGAGACUUCCCCAACAACAGAAGAGUCUAGAAAUGGCGGCGCGAAUGAUGUUCAGUAUAAAAAUUUUAAUAAUCACCACGUGUCACACACAAACAAUGUUUACAUUCAUAACUUUAUGAAAUCUGGGAGACUCUUUACUCCAAGCACUCCUGUAACUCCAUCCAUUAUUUAUCGGAAGCCGAAAGAAUAUUACGACACGCUUCCGGUUCCUGUGAAUGAAGAUGUGACGGGAGAUAUUCCGCCAUCUCGAUAUAGUCCUUUAGAAAAGCCUAAAAGGUUUAAGACCAGGGCUAUUUUAAACGAGGGCCCUGAAACAAACUACACUCUGUGAUUUACCAAAUUUGUUAUCGUUAACUAUUUAUUUAUUUCAUUUGAAUGUUUAACAUUUGUUUCUAAGAAACACCCAGCUUUUUUAUGAUACUUUGUAGAAUGUUCAGCUUUUUUGAUAUAUAGAAAAUAUUUUACCGCGUUUAUUUAUUUCCUGUAGAUUCUUACUUCAAUGCUCAAAUAAAACACUAGAUUGUG